UGGCUUUUAGCAAACCCGUUCAAGUGUUUCUCUCUUCAUAGCUGUUUUAUUUGCGUCAAAAUCCUUUAAAUUUUUAAAUCAGAAAAGUGAAAAUGUCUUGCUGUGGAGGAAACUGUGGCUGCGGCUCUGGCUGCAAGUGCGGAAGUGGCUGUGGAGGAUGCAAGAUGUACCCCGACAUGAGCUUUGCCGAGAAGACCACAACCGAGACUCUUGUUCUUGGCGUGGCACCUAACAAAGCGCACUUUGAGGGAGCUGAGAUGGAAGUUGGGGCUGAGAACGGCUGCAAGUGUGGGGACAACUGCACUUGCAACCCCUGCAAUUGUAAAUAAUGAAAGAAAAAAAAAACUCCCUGGCCUCUCUUUUAACAAAUAAUAAUUAGUAUGUUUUUGAAGUUGAGUCUCUGGCUUUAUUAGAAUAAAGUAGCCAUGGCUUGUCUAUCAGUAAAUCUUCUUCAUAUAAAUAGAUAUAAUGAAGUAAUAGUAUUUACUAGUUUUUAUGUCCAAUGUGAGCGUGUUUGCUUUCUCAGAAUAUAUUAUGAUUAGUUAUGUUUUGUGUAAGAAAGUAAGUCAGUUUUCUAAUGAAUGAACUGAAAGCUCGGUGUUUCUCUUUGA